GAUAUAUAGCCAUCGAAGUUUGGUUCAGUGUAGGGUCCUGGCGAACUGUAUGGAAAUGGAAUUUUGAAAGUCUCAUUCUUUUAUAAUAUAAAAUAGAGACUAGAUGCUGAUUAUUUUAGCUUUAUUAUUACCAAGCGGCGGCCAUGAACGAUAAAUUCAACAACUGCAAACACAAGCGGCAGUAUUGGGUAACUACAACUGCGGAAAUGAAAGAAAUCUGGCCUGAACUGCCGCAUACCUAUGCACACGUCCAAAAACGGUACGACAACUCUUUUACCACCUACAAGCGGGAGAAACAGGAACAUUCCGGCACCGGAACUGAACCGUCUGAAUGGCCGUUCUUCGAAUUGUUUGACUCGGUUUUGCAUUACCGCAAAGACGUCAGCUUGGAAAAUACACAUGGACGAAAACGGUCGUUUAAGGAAAGCAUACGCGACAUUAUUCCGGCAAACCGCGGAGCGUCGGGAUUGCCGGAAACGGACGACAUAUCCGCUAUGUGCGGGUAUGACCCUGUCAUUGAACAGGAAGAACGGGAGGCAGCAACCGCACCCUGGCGCAUUAAAUCUACGCCACCAGAAAAGAAACGCCGACCGGAUGUUCGUGCACAGUUGAUGGGUAAGCUGGAAGCUCAAUCAGAAAAAUCGGAUGAAAGAAUUGCUUCGCUGCGACUACUGCGAGCGGAAGAUCGCGAGGAGCGCGCACAAGCAAACGCCGUGGUGAUCGAGAAGUGCAAGGAAAACCGGGAGACAAGUGAAAAUCUGAUGAACAAAAUUGAUCAGUGGUUAAAGAUUGGCGGUUUUAGUAUUGAUAGUGAGUAGUUUUACAAAACGUUUUCAUGCAUGAGCAUAUUUUAAGCGCGCUACAACUACACUUAACAUUUGAUCACAAAAACAUUUAUUGAGUUCUUGUUGGUUGUU